ACGCACUCGCGAACCAACGCUGGGUCAGCUCCAACCGUCCACCUUGCUCCCCACGCGCCCUUCUUCUUCUCGCCCUUCCCCCCUCCGCACCACAAAAAGGGGACGCAAACCUAAGGAACGCCUCCGUGAUUGCGUAUAAAAGCGCACCCAGGACACGAUGAACUGCCUCCCGUGCUUUCCCAGCAAAAAGCAACAGCGCAACUUCGACGAGACCGCCGCCGCAGACAAGAAACCCGCGUCGACCACCGUCGCCGACAAAGCGCCGCAGAUCCCGGAAUCGACCGUCGCAGCCUCCACCGUCCCAGCUAGCGCCUCCGCUCCGCCCGCCGAGCCCGCACCUGCACCUGCACCCGCUACCACCGAAGCUCCUACCGCCACCGCAGAGACCAAGAUGGCCCCCAAGGUCGCCAUUGUCAUCUACUCCAUGUACGGCCACAUCGCCAAACUCGCCGAAGGCGUGAAAGGCGGCGUCGAGUCCGCGGGCGGCGCCGCGACGAUCUACCAGGUCGCCGAGACGCUCCCGGCCGAGGUGCUCGCCAAGAUGUACGCGCCGCCCAAGCCCGCCUAUCCCGUCCUCGCCCCGGCCGACCUCGCCCAGUUCGACGCCUUCCUGUUCGGCAUCCCCACCCGGUUCGGCAACUUCCCCGCCCAGUUCAAGGCGUUCUGGGACGCGACCGGCCAGCUGUGGCAGCAGGGCGCGCUCGCGGGCAAGUUCGCGGGCGUGUUCAUCUCGACCGCCGGCCACGGCGGAGGACAGGAGGCGACCGCGAUCGCGGCUAUGUCCACCCUCGCGCACCACGGCAUCGUCUACGUCCCGCUCGGUUACAAGCACUCCUUCGCGCAGCUCACCAACCUGAGCGAGGUCCACGGCGGCUCGCCCUGGGGCGCCGGCACGUUCUCCGCCGGCGACGGCUCGCGCCAGCCGUCCCCCCUCGAGCUCGAGAUCGCAGCCAUCCAGGGCAAGGCGUUCUACGAGACCGUCGCCAAGGUCAACUUGUUUGCAUGA